AAAAACUACCACAAACCCAUUCUACAUUUUUUGAUAAAAUUUAAAAAUCAAAAACCAAAAAUCGUUUUUUCAUCUUAAUUCAUUGGUCUGUGAUAAGUGAAUGUCAAGCUAAUCAAAUUUGUUAAAACAAAAAAACACUUCGUUAAUUAAACUCUAACAAAAAAUUAAAAUCCCAAAAAAAGAAAAACUUAAGUGCGGUUCCAGUUAAAUUUCCAAAUUUUUCAAAAAUUCUAACCGAUAAGUGAAAAUUCCAAAUCAACAAACAACAAAUUGUAGCCAAAAUAAUUAACCAAAAAUACAGCAAAUAAUCAGCCAAAGUGAAGUAGCUGGUAUUCAAAGCAAAUUGAGACCGUAAACCAACUCAACAUAGGAAAAACACAUUUUUACCAAAUAUUUAAAUAAAUACAAAACACCAAAAACCGCAUUGCAAAAAAAACUAUUACAAACACAUUUACACAUAUUGGUAUGUUGAUAAACCCUGAACUCUCUCGACAAGAACAACAAACACAUUUUAAUUAACUGCCCAAGUAAAAGUGCAAAUUAUCCAAAAACAAACCAAAAUAAUUCGGGGCAAAAGUUUAUUUAAACUUUAAUUUUUCCAAAAACAACAACAACUACUACAACAAAACUUAAAAUUUAUUUUGAAACACAGCACAACGAUAAUAUCGUGUAUUCGCAUACAUACGUCCAUCCUGUCCAGCCGUAACAUUUCGGGUUGGGUAUACACAAAUAAUUUUAUUGCCAUCGACGCGAGCACUUACCACUUUGUAAAACCACAACAUCCAGCGUGUACGGCCAGUAGUAGUCACAAGCGAAAGGGACACGUGUAACUUCGGCACACACAACCACCCGCUCGCCUGAUAUUCCACAGUCAUCAACAAUAAAACAUACAUGUUGAUCGCCUAGACUAGACCAGACCAGACCAAACCGAACCGAACCAUUUCACAUUAACCAAAAGCAUAACAUAGCGGCGGCAUACUAGUCAUCAUACGGCCUUAGCCACCAACACACAAGUAGCAACAACAAUUCAGCCAGCCAGCCAGCAUAGCCAUUAUACUGGCAGCUUUAACCGGCAAGAGGAUAUACAUUUAAUCCGUGUGGAAAUAUCUAGUAUAUGACAUACCUGGAACACAUUAACAUACGUGAACAUUAAAGUACUCACUUUGAUUGUAUGCAAAAAAGCCCAAACAAAAAAAAAAAAACUUAGACAACACAUACACACGAACUUGUGCACGACAAAGAGAACAAAGCGUUGUUGUAUUCAGUACUGUAACCUGACCGCAAAACAUCAAAAGCAUUACAAACUAAAAGGCAACAACAGCAAAAGCAACAGAAACAGAAACCAGGCAUUGUAGCAUAGCAUCCUCGUCAUCACCGUCACCGUCAUCAUCAACAGCAGUAGCAGCAGCAGCCGGAUUUCAUUCAUCUCUGCUAAACAAAGCUUAUACAUCCGCCAUUCAAGUGAAUCUAUUGAGAUAGACACACACACACACAUACGCGUACAUACAUACCAAUAAAACCAUAGAGGCAGUGAUACAAACAGAGAGAGGCCACACAUAAAUACACCUGGUCUAACUUCGUAAUAGUGUGAAUAAUCAUCAUCACCACCCAUAAACGAAUCAAACACGACAACUUAGUGACGAAGAGAGUGAUAGAGUGAGAGAGAGAGAGAGAGAGUGCAAGCAAAUCAUCGAGCAUCGAAAAGAAAACAACAAAGAAACUAAACCCUUUGCUAACCACCAAGUAAACGAGCUCAAACGCAAAGCAAAAAUGUUGGCAAUGCCCACACUGAUGAUGCCAGCCACAGCACAAAUGACGCUUAGCAGUCAACCACUAUCAGUUGGUGCUCCACACGCUAAACCGUACGAGACUAAAUUACUGGCCAUACAUCAGACGCAUAUUACUGCCCAACAACAGCAGCAGCAACAACAGCAAUCACAUCAGCAGGCUAGCAAUACCAAGCAGCAACAGCAGCAGCAACAACAACAGAUGUCGGCCAAUAGUCAACAACAGCAGCAACAACAAGCCGCCGCUGCUGUAGCUCAACAACAGGCCGUGCAACAACAGCAACAGGCUGCCCAACAACAUCAACAGCAGCAACAACAGGCCGCAGCUGCUGCCGCGGCAGCCGCAUGUAUUGCUCAACAGCAGGCUGUUGCAGUGGCCGCUGCUGCUGCCCAACAGCAACAAUAUCAAAUACAUUCGCAACAACAAUCACCACAGCAGACAUUGAGUGCAUCGCCCAAACAAGAACAAUUUCAUAUUUUUGUGGGUGAUCUAAGUUCAGAAAUUGAAACUCAACAGCUGCGUGAAGCAUUUACACCAUUUGGAGAAAUAUCCGAUUGUCGUGUGGUACGCGAUCCACAAACAUUGAAAUCAAAGGGUUAUGGCUUUGUGUCCUUUGUCAAAAAAUCGGAAGCCGAAAGUGCCAUAACGGCCAUGAACGGCCAAUGGUUGGGAUCUCGUUCAAUUAGAACCAACUGGGCCACCAGAAAACCCCCGGCGAGUAAAGAAAAUGUAAAACCCCUAACAUUCGAUGAAGUUUACAAUCAAAGUAGCCCCUCAAACUGUACCGUCUAUGUUGGUGGUGUCAAUAGUUCUCUCACCUCGUUGAGCGAAGAAAUAUUGCAAAAGACAUUUUCUCCCUACGGUUCAAUACAAGAGAUACGCGUAUUCAAGGAUAAGGGUUAUGCAUUUGUAAGAUUCUCUACAAAAGAGGCUGCCACCCAUGCAAUUGUUGGCGUUCACAAUACCGAGAUCAAUGCCCAACCUGUGAAAUGUUCUUGGGGUAAGGAGAGUGGUGAUCCCAACAAUGCCCAAUCAUUGGCCAGUCAGGCUCUGAAUCCAGCUGCUGCCGGAUUUCCCUAUGGCGUUGGAGCUGCAGCUGCCGCCGCUGCUGCCUAUGGACAACAGUUGGCAGCCACCGGCUGCUGGUAUUCACCAACUCCCACGUAUCCUGCUUCGUCGGCCACAGCUGCUGUAACACCUGCUGCCUCAGCUGCGGUACAAAAUCAAUUUCUGCAAGGUAUUCAAGGCUAUCACUUUGGGCAGUAUGGUGGUUAUCAGCAAGGCUAUAUGGGUAUGGGCGUCCAAAUACCCACAACUUGGCAAGGCGUUGCUACACAAGCCCAAAUAUCUCCUGCUCAACAGUUGGCGACGGCGGGUGUUGCCGGUGCUGCCAUACCUCAGGCAGCUGGUGUCGUAGCCUACCCCAUUCAGCAAUUCCAAGUUAGCCCCCAGUUACCAGAAGAUGAAUGGUUAGCAGCAAAUUUAUUAUGUUAGUUUACACAGUCGGUUAAGGAAGAGCAGGAAGAAGAAGAAGUAAAAAUUAAAUGCAGUUAUUUAAGAAAAAAAAUGAAACACAAAGAUACCAAACCCAAAAAAAAUAAUAAUAAUAUAUUCAUAGAAAAUAACAAGAAAUUAGAGAAAACAUUGUUAAACCAAAAAACCCAUACACACACUUACCUACAUAGACAAAAAUAAUGGAGAUGAAGAAAAAACAAAACAGAUAAAGCAGAAAUUAUAUAAAACUAAAAUAAAGCAAAGCAAAAAAGAAAUAGUUUAGAAAACAACUAGAAAUAACUAUUAUACAAUACCAAAAUAUACACAUACACACACAUUGAAACAAAUGUAGCUAAAAAAAAAAAACAAACAAGAAGAAUAUAUGAAUGAAAUCUUACCAACAAUAAAAAUCAUAAAUAGGGAAAUACCAAAUUUAAGUUAUGUUUUAAAAUGAAAAAAAAAAAAAAAAAAACAACAAUCAUUCACACACAUUCAUACAUAGUAUACGUAUACGUAUACUCCCAUAUACACAAUGACAGCAAUAACAAAAGAUCCAGUAAAGGAUAGAAAUAUAUAUAGAUGUAAUUCCCAUAAAAUCAACAUAAAUACAGAUGUAAUGUAAUGUGAGCAAACACACACACGCAUACAAACAUCUAAAAGAAAAAUAGAAUAAAAGUCGGUGGUAAUAAUACUUAUACACAUACACGUAAAACCCAUACAAUUAUACAUAAACAUAUAUAUAUAUAUUUAUAUAAAUAUUUAUAUAAGUAAUUUAGAUAUUAUAGUAUGAUUAAAAACAAUUUCCAUAUAGGGUGCUCCAAAAAUUAAUGAACAAAAAUGAAAGGUGUACUAGUGAUAGCUGACAGCGAAGGAUAUCGAAAAAAUUAUAUUACUUGGUUUUCGAUUUCGAAAUCUGUAUAAGGAAAACAUGGGUGUUUAACUACUGCAAAUGACCAAUUGGCAAAUUCUGGCAAUAGAGGACCUCGAAUUGGCGUAACCAUCUUUAUGUGAUAACUACAAUGGAAAUAAAUUCAGAUCUGUAAAACGGUAAGAAUCGUCUCAAUUAAUAGUAAUAAUGGGCGUAGAGAAAAUUUGUUCAUAUUUCAACAGUUCACAAUAAUUGGAUCUAAUAUUAUGGGGCUUUUGAAAAUUUCAUUGUGAAAUGAAGACAUCUCUAUGUAAAUUUAAUAACUUUUUACUUCAAAAUUUUAUAAAAAAUAUCGGUCCAAGGAUUUAAGUAAAAUUUUCGGCUCCUGAUGUGGGAUGGAAAAAUUCCACCUGAAAAAUAUAACAAUGCCAAAAAUAGAUUUUUUUUAGAUUCAUUGGAAUUAAAACGGGACAUAUUGCUUUUCGAAUAGUCCCCAUAUUUGCAUCAAUCCCAAUUUAAGUAUUUUUAUACCCUCUACCAUUCUAUGGAGGGUAACUUUGUCAUUCCGUGUGUAACUAUUCGAAAUGUUUAUACUAGACCCUAGAAGGUAUAUAUAUUCUGGAUUAGCGUGAAAUUCGAAGACGAUCUAGCGAUGUCCGUCUGUCUGUCUCUCCGUGUGUUGUAAUCACGCUAUCUUUCGAACGAAUUGAGAUAGAAGGCUAACAUUUUGCAUACAUUCAUAGUUUACCAGUAGGCAGGUUAAGUUCGUAAAUGAGCCAUGUCGGUCCACGUUCUCGUAUAACCCCCAUAUAACGGCACCUCCCGAUAUUCGGUAUUUUGAUUAUCUAAGCGAAAUUAUUCACCAGAGUUGUUUCAUACAGCCUAUGACAAGAAAUUUCGUAAGCAGGUCCACAUCUUCGUAUAGUCUCCAUAUAACAGUUUUCAUUUAAGUGGUAGUUUCCGAAAGCUUUUGAAAAAUUUUCAAGUUCCUUCCAAACGGUGGAGGGUAUUGCAAGGAAUAACCAUUAUAGUUGAAAACAAAACCUAAAAGAACCAUCUGUUUAUCAGAAGUUAGAACACCACUUCGUGGAACAUGUUCAACGUAGGUCUAUGUUUCAAUCUAGCGCUCCUGCAUAAAAUAAGCUACUGAUUUUAUUAAUGUCACGGAUUUUGGAGAUUUCAAAACUGAUAACGGAAGUGUUUUAAAAUUUAAGUGUUGGAACAAGAUCAAUGUGUCCCGAACUUUUGAAUUAUUUUAUAUAUUUCUAUUUUGGGGGCAAAACAACCGAUUACGGCCACUUUCUUCAACUUUCUGUGUCCCCGAACUUUUGAAUUAUUUUAUAUAUUUAUAUCUUGGGGAAAAACUACCGAUUACGGCUACUUUCUUCAACAUAUUAUCUCAGGAAAUCUUGUAGAUGUGCCGGAUUAUCGGCCUUUGAUAAUUAUAUCGUGAAAUCGGAGGGUGAACCGAUCAUAUUAAUUCAAAUACGCCAUCAUAAUAAAAAUAAGGAAGUUUACUCUACACUCAAUUGUUUUUUGUAGAAGCGUGAACACUCCUAUACGAAAAGUGAGAAUCGGAAUCACGAAGUUCGAACUAGAGUAAGAGAAACAAAUACAAAGAAAACUACCAGUACAGGCGAAAAUGCUUGUUUGCUUGUAACAAAAACAAGUAAAAAAGUAAUUAACUCGGCCAGACCGAACUUUGAUACCCUCUACCAUGGAAAAUAUGGUGUCAAAACGAGGAUCUAUAAAUUAAAAAAAUUGAAAAUUCCACCAGAAUACUGAGUAUAGAUUGGUGCUAUGGAAAUAAAACGAGGAACCUCAUUUUAUAACCAUAGUACGAGACGCAAGAGAUUUUUACACAUUUAAAUGCUGGAGUCCUCUAACGGUAGCUAUUUGUGGGCUUCCAGCCAAAUAUAAAGAAAGCACGCUUGAAUUCCAUCACGAAUAACUUUUUUUCUGGAAAAAUCUCACCAAAAUGCUUUUGUACGCUUCUAAACAAUAUAAUGAGCUGUCACUGGAAUAAUUUUAACAACUAUCAGACGAGUGGUUAGAAAUGACAGCAGUCUGAAGUUGGUUGCAGUUGUAUAUCAACAACUGUUUGAAAGGCAUUACAAACUUAAUUUAAAAAAAAUCAGAAACAAUUGGAAAGCAUUCAGUAUGCUGGACAUAGGGAGAAUACUGGUAUAUGGGGGAUAUACCACAAUGUGGACCUAUCCUAACUGUUUGUUGCAAGGCGGAUAAGAACCCGUUACCGCUUUGAAAAUUCCGUUCCGUUGAAAAUGUGCCGAAAGUCGUCAAACGCUUAAAAUGAGGUGUACCGUUAUAUGAGGCUAUUCCACAAUAAGAACCUAGCAAGGUCCAAAUAUUUUCUUUUUAAAAUUGUUCAUUUCACAUUUGCCUAUAUCAAGAAUUGAGUCCCAGGUCUCACAAGCCUAAAUAUGAACUGAUGGUGUAAAAAUUAAAUGUGUUAAAAUGCAAUAGAUAUUAUCAACCACCUUAGUGAGAAAUGAAGAUGAGAAAUUGUUUGCAAUGACAGAUGACUGAAUGAAAUCAAUUUAACCAACUGAAACGAAAAACUUUCUUAAAUCCUAAUGUCAGCUACCACUGCUCAUUUUUUCCUACGGCUUUCAUAUGUUUUUGUACAUUCACUUUUGUUGCACCCCAUAUAAAAAUAGUAUAUACAUAUGUAAACAGUUUCAAAUGAAACAAACGAAUAAUAAUUACCAAACAAACACAACCAGCUAUGAAAAAUUAAUUAAAAAACAAUCAACAUUCCAUCGAAUGAUAUUAAUAAUUAAUAUUAUGAUUAUUAUAACCUAACGGCGAUUAUGAUGAUAAUGACGAUGAAAGCCCAUACAAUUCUGGUAGUUGGCAAUGCAUUUUAAAGGAUAUUAGGAAAAAAAGGAACACACAAGCACAACAAGAGCAGCAACGGUAAAAAUAGUCAUUAAGCAAAAAUCAAAAGAACAUUGACAACAAAAUAAGCUAGAAAAUGAACAACAACAACAGAAGCAGCAGCAGAAGCAAACCGGCAACAGCAACACAAAUGUCCGCAUAAUUAUUUAAGUUAAGCAUAAAUACAUUCAUACCUAUAUGUUUUAUAGAACACUACAUAUACAACAAACAUAGGCAUACCACAUACUCUCAUACAUACAUAUAUAUAAAUAUGAAUGAAGAAAUGGCAAAAUAAGAGAAAAAUCGAAUAGCAAAGUAAAACAUAGGCAAUUGAUGAUUAGAUGAUUUGUACGUUUAGUUAAGUUGGAUAAGAUACAGAAAAAAAAACAAAACAAAGAAAAUAGUAAAUAAUUAAUGAUAGUGGUAAUGAUACUACAAUAGAAUAAUCUACAAAUAAAUAAAACGGAAAUUUAUAUUAUAGCAAAAUACAAAAAUACAUAUAUUUCUAGGCAUAUGCAUACAUAUAAAUAUACAUAGAAUAUAAUAUAUAAUAUUGAUAUGACUAAAUUAAAAUGUAAUAAGUAUAAAAAGAAAAUAAAAUAAAAGAGAAAACCAACACACACAAAUACCCUUAAAAUAUAGAUAUUAUGUACACAGAUACCACAAUACAUAGCCUAUAUGUAAAAAAAAAAUAAAAACAAGAAAUGCAAAAACAAAAAAAACAUUACAACAUAGAUGAAAAUCAAAACAGUAUAAAAGUAAAAAAUAUACCCAAAAUAUAUAUACAAAAAUGGUUUAAAAUAUACCUACAAAAUACAUAGGCACCUAUUAUUAUAAAUGUUUGUACAGAAAUAUAUCUUAAAAAUGAAAGCAAAGAAAACAAAAACCAAAUAAAUAAACUAGAAAUAAAAAAAACAAUCACAUGAAAAAAAAAUCCCCAACUAUCCAUGUUUAUUGCCAGAACCAUGGCUGCUGUAAUAUUAAAAGGGAGUUGGUAUGUUUUAGUUAAUGCUGGGUUAAUACGAUAUCUCUGGGGGGAGUUGUUUUAGUUUUUCGAUUUUAAAAACUUCUAUUCCAUAGAUGGGAGUUGUUUUCGAUGAUGUUCAAACCUUCGUAAUGAAAACCAUUAAACCAUUGAAAUAGUUCGGUAUGAAGUACUACUUUCUCUGCUUCUGCAAAUGGAGUCAUGAAAUUAACAUUCUGUUCAUAUUUUCAACAACAUCCGAAUUGCAUGGAAAUCACCGCUUUUAUAUAUCCUCAGUCAUAUACGGUCAAACGUGCCUAGUCGAAAUAACGAUUUUAGACAAUAGGUCUCUUUGGGCCAAAUCCGUUUCAGGACAGUUGGUGUCGAUCUAGUCCGUCCGUCUGUCUGGCUGGUUGGCUGGUGCACACCAUAACUCUCGAAGGGAGUAUCCGAUUUGAUCCAAACUUGGUACAUCGUAAUAAUUUUGUCAAACCUAGAUCGAGUUCAGAGAUGGGCAAUAUCGGUCCACUCCAUCUGGUACCUCCCCCACAAAAGAUCGAAAUUCUCAAAAAAAUAUAUUUUCUGCACAGAAAGGGAUAUGAUAAUCCUAUUUUGCUCCAUCUUUCCAAAUCCUAAUAUUUGACUCAGUUCUCGGUCAGGUGUGAAAUUUGACAAUAUCAGUUCACUCCAUCAAGUACCUCCCCUAACAAAGGGUCACAAAUUUUAAUAAUUACAACUCUUAUAAAAUGUGAUGUAAGAGUCCGAUUGUCUUCAAAUUUCACACAUCCCAAUAUUUUUAUUAACCCAAGUUCUGGUGUUAAGAUGGAAUAACCACUCGUCCACUCGUUCUGGUACCUCCCCAACAAAAGGUCGAUAUUUUCAAGAAAAAAAUAUUUUCUAUACAGAAAGAGAAGCAAUAGUCCAAUUUUGCUCCAAAAUUUCAUAUCCUAAUAUUCGACUCAGUUCUCGGUCAGGUGCAAAAAUGUAUAAUAUCGGUCCACUCCAUCAAGUGCUUUCCCCACAAAGGGUCAAAACUUGGAAUAAUUAUAAAUCUUGUAAAAUGUGAUGUGGGAAUCCGAUUGUCUAAAAAAUUUCACACAUCCCAAUAUUUUUUUAUGAACUCAAGAUCAGAUAUUAAGAUGGAAUAUAUCUGUUGAUUUGUCGUGAAGGUGAUAUAAAGGGUUACAAUUUCCAAUACUUAUAUUGGUCAUAACUUGCGAAACAAGUCGUAGAUUCUUUACAACUUGCUAUAUCUAAAUAUUUUUCUUUACCAGAAGCCCGAUAUGGAUAUGGCAUAAAAUUUGAUAUUUUUUGAUCCGAUUUCGAUUUCUUAAAAAUUUUACGCAUACCAAUAUUUUUAGCUGUAUUAGAUGAAGUAUGAAAAUGGAAUACUUCGGCCCGCUAUAUCUGUUACCUCUCGCACAUUUCUAAAGGAAGACAUUCACUUUCCCGAAGUAAAAAAAAGAAUGUGGACGUGCAAAAUAGAGAACAUCUAAGUGAACAAAUCUCUUGUUCGGCAACCCACUAUUUGACGAACAAUUAAAUAGAGCAACAAUAAAAUUUGGUUAUUGGUGUUCAUUUUCAAAAUACCAUGUAUAAAUCCAAUUUCGAGUUUUCAGUAAAUUGUCGUUUGCCAAAAACUAUGCAUUUAAAAGUAUUUUCUCAACCUUAACUGGUUGCAGAGACAAAUAGAAUUUUCCUAGCCAAAGCAAGACAUUGCCUCCUCUCAAAACCAGAGAUAAGGCGGUGGCAUAUAUCAUAAUUUUACCGCUUGAUCUUACAUUACUCUGUUUUCCAAUUCAAUAUUCGUUAUGUUAAGAAUUAUUCAUUUUCUAAGUCGACGUUUUUCAAUAAUACGUCCUUAAAAAUACAUUAUAAAUUGAUGCUAGGGAAAAUCUGUCCAAUCGGGGAAAUCGGACUGAAUCGUUUUCCUAUGAUGAGGGAUUUUAAGCUUUUGAAAGUUUGUGGUCACAUUUUCCAGCGAUUUGAUAUUCAUACCUGAAUUAUUCAUAUUUUUAUAUAUUUCAGAGAAAUUCUAAACAAGUUCCAGCCCCGAUAUAACGGUACACUUUAUUAAUAUAUAUUAUUGUAAGAUAAUUGACAGGAAUUUUUUUCUUUUGCAACAUUCCUUUGCAAUUUGGCGAGGAAAUACUAAAAUCUUGUUCUUUUUUAAUCUCAACAAUGCAGUAGAAUAUAAUAUAUUAACAAAAUUUGGGUUCGAUUUCAAAAAAAAGUCAUAAACUCCCUCCGUGAUUCGAUUUUAUCAAAUAUUGAGAAAGCCAUUUUAUACUUUAAAUGUAAGAAUUGGAGAAGGUGGUUCAGCCUGAAUGUUCAUUGGUAGUACCCCUGCUGUUUCAUAAUACUCAUUCUAAAUUGGAAAAAGAGAAGAGAUUGAGGCAAAAUAAGGGAAUUAAAUGGUAGGCUUCGUGGCUACUUUAAGAAUUACUGCAGUCUCUGUGAGAUUUAAGGGAGAUCAUGUAUUAUUUGCUCUCCCACGAGCCACAAGUCAUUGAUGAGAGUUGGACGGUGGUAGGGCAAGUGUUCGACUGUCUCAAUUCUCUCCAGCAAUCAAUAACGCCGCAACUUCAUUGGCUCUGUCGCUGCAUUGAACGGUGAUGAUACCUACCACAAGUUUAAAGUCAGGUUUCACCAUGGGACGAUUAAAAAAUUAUUUCUAUUUGAUGUGUUCAAGUGUUUGGCAUUGAAAUCUGGUGCAAAAUCUAAAACUAAACGUAAAGGGUGAGACAUUGUAAAUAGAUCGAAUUUCUUUCAUACACUUAGAUGCCAAAUACAGCCAUGAGAUACACCUGUGAAUUUAUGGUAAACUUUGAAGCCGCUGUGUAAUAUUUUAGGUCCACCGAACAAAUGAUUGGUUAAAAAAGAAUGGGACAAAAGUUGUAUAAAAUUAUGAUGGAGAAACACAAAAAAAAAAAAAAAAUUGGUCAUUUGAUAAUCGAUUUCGCAUGAUAAAUCGGUUAAAAAAGAUUGGGACAAAAUAUGGAGAAUAAUAUGACGGAAAUUUUUCAAAAAAAAAAAAAAAAAAAUCAUCGAAUCCGCGUGAUCUAAUAUUUGUACUGAAAAUGUUCUUAUAAGAAACGAAAAAGGAAUAUAUUGACAUUUUCAGAAAGGUCUUAGAGUUAUUCUUGCAUGUGCUAAGGUAUACACAGUAUGUAUUCCCGUAAAAAUAAUUAUAGAUUUUAUCUUUUCUACUGCAAGAUGUUGGUAUAAAGAACACCAGAGAUCCUCUCAAUAACGGAAUCUCUCAAUAUUUUUUUUGUUUUCAAAAGAUUUAUGUAUUUAUAAUUACUACUUAAGACGAUGCGUUGUUUUUAGGCCCGACGAAUUUUAUUCAUUCAAGUGAUAUAAUCUAAAUAUUUGUUCUUCAUAUUUCCUUUAAGGAAAUAUGAAGAACAAAUAAAUAAAUAAAAUUUUUCACAAAAUUUAAAACUUUAUUUAGAUUAUGGAAUAACAUUACCCAAUAAAACAGACUUGACAAUGUUAAUUCGUGGCGUAUAAGUUAUGUGAACAUUUAUUUGCAUGUUAACCAUACGCCCCAUGUAGCCCUUAUAAAUUCUUAUUAACCAGCAUUAAACAAAACAUUCUUGUCACAAAAUCUUAAGAGAAACAAACAUGCCCAACAAAUAAACAACAACAACAAAAACUAGAAAAUCAAUUUCCAGCAUUAAAAUCUUGUGUUUGUUGGUUGUCAUAUUUUUAUAAAAUUUUUAUUUUCAUUUCUUUAGUUCACUGCCACUAUAGAAACUUUUUUAUUUUUAUAAGAAUUUUUAUAAAAAAAAAGAUAUGAAAACAACAAAAAUACAAAAAAUGUAAAACUCGAUGAACAUACAUCUUUUAUAUGCAUACAAAAAAAAAAAAAAAAAAACAAACAAAAUAAGUCUAUUAAAAAUACGGAUUAAUUUGCUUCCUUAAAAUUUCAUAUGGUAUAUUGUUUUGUUAAAGAUUUAGGCCAAAUGAAAACUAAAGAAAUCGCAAAAAAAGAAACUAUAUAAUUCUGUUGGAAAAACCUAUAAUUUUAAAUUACGAAUGGAAGAACAUAAAGAAAGAGUGCUACAUAAAUGUGUUAAAAUUAAAAAAAAAAAUAAAAAAAGGAUAAAAUUAGUUUUAGUGGAGAAAAAAAAAAUAGUCACACAAUAUAAAUAAAACUACAACUUGAAAAUAUAUUAUUUGAACAAAUACAUAUACAAAUAAUUUGUGGAAUACCAGAAAAAAUAACAAAUAAAUAAAUCAGCAUUAAAAUGAAAUGAAUUAUAUAUUAUUGUAAAAAAAAAAUACCGUAAGGCAUAAAGUGUUAUCACAAAUUACAGCUGAUGCAGAUGAAAAAAAAAACACAAACAACAACUACACUUAACUACUUGUGUGUGUAUGUUACCAAAAAAACUUAAACUCCCUCCUAUCGCGAGGACUACAAAAUAAACGUAUAAAAAUAUACCAAAUAUUUAGCCUAAACUAGUUUUAGUACCACAAAAAUAAAAACCUAAAAAACAAAACUAAAAUAUAAAUAGAAAAAAAAAAAUACCAAAUAAUAAAUGUGUUUUAAAACAAAAAAAAAA